AUGGAGUCACUCAAGAGGUCUGUAGGCACUAUCCAUGCCCGUCUUUCUCGUCGCAAGAACGCUCUUGCUCUGCUAUGGGUUUGCGUUUUCUCCAACGCAGUCAUCAUUUUCCAAUGGUACUUUUGGGGAUACUCUCUCGCUUUUUCUGCGACGGCUACAAACGGGUUUAUCGGCAAUCUCAGGCAUUUUGGUUUACAGCAUGUCAUGGCCGACCCGUCACCAGGCUCUCCCCUCAUUCCUGACCUACUCUAUUCAUUUUACCAGCUUGAGUUCUGCUGCGUUACAGUUGCCAUCUUGAUGGGUGCAGUCGCAGAACGUGGUCGGGUAAUGCCAGCAAUGGUCUUCGCAUUCUUGUGGGCAACACUUGUCUAUUGUCCUGUGGCGUGCUGGGGUUGGAAUGUCAAUGGCUGGGGAUUCAAGUGGGGUGUUCUCGACUAUGCCGGUGGAGGACCUGUCGAAAUCGGCUCUGGUGUCGGUGGUCUGGCAUUCUCCUGGGUACUUGGUCGCCGCAAGCAGAGCCAGCUCAUGAAUUUCCGCCCGCAUAACGUGUCCCUCGUCGUACUGGGAACAUUUAUGCUCUGGUUCGGGUGGCUGGGCUUCAACGCUGGGUCGGCCUUUGGUGCUAACCUCCGCGCUGUUCUCGCUGCAUGGAAUACUAACAUUACUGCCGCCUUUGCUGGAGUUACAUGGUGUUUGCUCGAUUUCCGUCUGGAACGCAAGUUUACUAUGGUCGGUUUCUGUUCGGGUACCAUUGCUGGCCUCGUUGCUGCCACUCCCGCCUCUGGUUUCAUUACCCUUUGGGGUAGUGUUGUCCUUGGUGUCGUCACCGGCGCAGUGUGUAACUACGCAACCAAGAUCAAGUAUUUGAUUGGUAUUGACGAUGCCCUCGAUCUGUUUGCUGAGCACGCUAUUGGUGGUAUUCUCGGCCUUCUCGCCAAUGGCCUCUUUGCGGACACGGCUCUCAUCGCUCUUGAUGGCGUCAACACGGCUGUGCCAGGUGGAUGGAUCGAACACAACUACAAGCAACUCUACAUCCAGUUCGCCUACGUCUGUGCUUGCUGCGCAUACGUCUUCGUUAUGACUGCUAUUCUCGCCAAGAUUGUCGACAUUAUUCCAUUCCUCGGCCUACGUGCUACAGAGGAUGGCGAGAUCCUUGGUAUGGACGACGAUCAAAUUGGCGAGUUUGUGCAAGACUUUGUUGAAGUUCGCCGUGAUUUCGAUUCAUGGAAUGCUCCAGCAUCGGGCGCCAAUGGAUUGCACCAACGCUCUAAUGGACAUGACAUUGCUGCAGGUGAUCGACAUGGUGUUCCAGAUCACUCCGCAAGGGACGAGCCUCGCGCCCAGUACGUUCCUGAGACCUCUAGUGGGUCUCACAACGAAAAGGUCGAGUAA